CGCCUUUGAUCUGAAAAGGUAUAAGUAGGCUCGUCAGCCAGAUUUAGUGAUCACGAAUCUCAGACGGCAGAAACAGAGAGCAAGACGGUUAAAAACGUAAAGCAAACAGCAGAAGCUAAAACUAUUUUACGACUUUAUCAUUUAAUAUGUCAGCCACACAAAAGAAAACUUGCAGAAACAUGCAGAUGCAUGAAAAUGCUGAAAAGGAAGCUGCAAAGAAGGAGUUGGAGGAGCUCCAGAGACAACACGAGGAGGAGAGAAGAAGAUUCGAGGAGGUAAAGAGAGAAACUGUGUUAGUCCUGAAGAUACUGAAAGAAGAGAAGAAAAACCUACAGAAGGCAAAGAACUCAGUUGAAACGUUAGAGCUUCAAGAAGAAAUUGCAGAGCUGAAAGUAAAAAGGGCCAACAUAGAACUGAUGGAAGGCAAGAAAAAACUGCAAGAGAAGAGAGAAGAAAUAGAAAAGGCCAACAAGGAACUGAAGGACACAAGUAAGGAAGCUGAGAACGUAAUGAAGAGACUGCGGGAGGCUCAGAAGGCUCUGGAUAAGGAGAAGAAAAAGCUGCAAGAGACAAAAAAUAAAUCUGAAAAUGCUAAGAAAGAGUUCCAGGAGGUCCAAGCAGCGUUAGAGGAGGAGAAAAGGGCAAUAAUAGAAAUGAGGAUGGAAUCUGAAAAAUCACCAAAGGAAUUGUUGGAGGUUCAGACGUCCCUGAAAGAGGAGAAAAAAGCUCUGGAAGAAGCAAAGAUGGAAACUGAAAGCUUAAAAAAGGAAGCUGACAGUUCAAAGAGGGAAUUGUUGGAGCUCCAAAGAGAAAUGGAAGAGGAGAAGAAGGCAAUGCUGGAGGCCAAGAAAGCAACUGAAGUUGCUAAAAUUCAGUGUGAAAAUGUUACAGUGGAAGCCGAGAUGGCAACACUGAAACUUGAAAAUAUAAGGAUGGAAUUGUUGGAGCUCCAAAGAGAAAUGGAAGAGGAGAAGAAGGCAAUGCUUGAGGCCAAGAAAGCAACUGAAGUUGCUAAAAUUCAAUGUGAAAACGUUACAGUGGAAGCCGAGAUGGCAACACUGAAACUUGAAAAUAUAAAGAUGGAAUUGUUGGAGGUCCAGAAGUCCUUGAAAGAGGAGAAAAGAGCUCUGCAAGAAUCAGAGAUGGAAACUGAAAGCGUAAGAAAGGAAGCUGACAGUUCAAAGAAGGAAUUGUUGGAGCUCCAAAGAGAAAUGGAAGAGGAGAAGAAGGCAAUACUGGAGGCCAAGAAAGCAACUGAAGUUGCUAAAAUUCAAUGCGAAAAUGUUACAGUGGAAGCCGAGAUGGCAACACUGAAACUUGAAAAGGCAAAGCUGGAAUUGUUGGAGGUCCAAAGAGCGCUGGAGGAGGCAAGAAGCCAAGAAGCAGAAGGGCCUGAUGCUGUGGUGACAGAGUGUGAAGAUGCGCACAAACAGGAGGAAGUAAAAAAGGUGCUGAAAAAGAAGAAAAAAUCAAAGAUGAGCCGCAUUUUCAGCUGGUUCAGCUGCAUCAAAGGGGCUCAGGAGGAGGAUGACUAACUUCACUCCUGGCAUUAGUUUCCUCUUUCUCCCUCCCCUCUCUACUUUUUCUUCAUCUUCUUCACCCAACAACUUCCAAUCCAUUUCCUCUGUCUCCCUCAUCCUCAUCCACCCUUUUCUCUCCUCCCUCCUCC